AUGGGUCGUGAAAGUCGCCACAGUCAAGUUGAGGAGUGGAUUCAGCAAAUUGACGAAGCUGCCGGUGGGACACUAGCGCCGGAAAAUGUCGACGACAUCUUUCCACCUAUCUCAAUUGGAGUAGGAAUGAACUUACGAGGAGGAAUGCUUAGUAGGUAUACGGGCACAAAGCCUAAGCAAGCAUCUAAUAAAGUACCCGAUGGAGCCCAAACUUCUCACCCCAAGCCUGCGAAUGAAUUCGUGGUCGAAAAUGUGUGUACGGAAGGUACAUCUUCUAUGGCUGGAAUGAAAGAUCCGGUUACAGCAUCUACGCCAAUUCGAUCUAGUGAUAUAGUUCGACGGUCAGUAGUGCAAAGUGUACAACAAACACGAUCGUUGAAUGUGCAGCCGAUAUAUACACAACCAGUGUAUGCACAGUCGGUGUUUGUUCAACCGAUACAGUCGCAACCUACGCUAUCAAAGCUGGUUCCGCGACCGCCGCUACCCACCUUUUUGUUCCCAGAGCCAAUAACAAUGUCCAAGCCAUCGACGUCUCAAGCAAAUGCCUCUAUUCCACCACAAUCGUUCCUAUUGUCGAAGACAGGUAGACCAAUAACGUCCAGCCUUGAAUUGCCUUCCACAAAUUUGACGAGACAAUCACAAGUGAUCCAAACGAUGGUAUCACCGUCGUCGCUCCCCCCGCCAAUAUCACUGCCAUCGCAAGAGCCGUCGUGCAAUUAUUCCACCGAGCGGCGAACGAGUAUGCCACUACCAUCGACGACUCAUGCGUUGUCUCUUCAUCAACACACACAAUCGAACCCAGUGAGAUCAUUGUGUGAUCAAUUAGAUGAAUUAUCGUUACCACCAUCUGUAUUGCGGGCAUCGAUGUCAUACACCCCUUCACCACCAGCACCCCUUCAUACCGAGCCCGGGAUACCUGUGCCCAACAGUUCGGUACAUCAUCCGAGGCUGUCGCGAGUGUCGCUACAGCAACAAGCAGAGCCGUACGUUACCGAGCUGCAGCAGUUGCGAAAUCAGCAGGCCAUGUGGGGACAGUUUCAGCAACAAUUGUCCGCCAGGCAAGUGGUGCCUAAGGAGCUCCCAAUUUUUAAUGGGAAUCCUGAAGAAUGGCCACUUUUUGUGAGCAGCUUCCACAACUCGACUGUAAUGUGUGGAUACUCGCAGUCAGAAAAUCUGAUGAGACUCCAGAGAUGCCUUAAAGGCAAAGCAUUGGAGGCUGUUCGGAGUAAUCUGCUGCUACCGACAUCGGUCCCGAAAAUUAUGGAAACUCUGGAGACAUUAUUCGGGAGCCCAGAGCGGCUAGUUCAGUCGCUGCUCAACAAAGUACGCAGCGUUCCAACUCCAAAAGCAGACAAGCUUGAAACGCUGGUCAACUUUGGUCUCGUAGUCCAAAAUCUUGUUGGUCAUCUUAUAGCCGCUAACCAGCAACCUCAUCUGACCAAUCCAACCCUGCUGCAAGAGCUGGUGGAUAAAUUGCCACCAAAUCUCCGGUUGGACUGGGCGUUGUACAAGAAGAAUGUCCGACCUGUUGAUUUGGGAACGUUUUCCGAAUAUAUGAGUGUUAUCGCUUCGGCCGCAAGUGAUGUAGCGCACUUCAGCGAUUUCGACGGAGCUCGCACUGGGGGAAGUGAGAAGCAGCGAAAGGAGAAGACUUUCGUAAAUGCACAUGUAUCUACUGAACCGCGGAGAUUCGAACAGCAAGGGAAGAAAGCAGAAAAUCAGGAGAAACCUUGCUACAUCUGUCAGAGCUUGAAGCACCGAAUCAAGGACUGUCAUAAGUUCAGGUCUUUAAACUUCAGUGAUCGGUUGAAAGCGGUUGAAUUGCAUCAACUAUGUUCGAUCUGUCUCGUUCCUCAUGGAAGAUGGUCCUGCAAGUCGACGCGCACCUGUGGAGUCGGUGAUUGUACCAAGAAACACCAUCCGUCUCUUCAUCCCAGUCAGCAAAUUGCGAGUAAACCGUCUUCCAACGAAAGCACCGGAGCGCGGCCGAAACCAGACGCCGUAGUCAAUGUCCAUCGUCGUAUUAAAAGUGCAACAAUAUUCCGUAUAAUCCCGGUGGUUUUGUAUGGUAGAGAAGCUCAAGUAUCCACGUUCGCCUUCCUUGACGAAGGUUCCUCGUCAACCCUCAUUGAAAAAGAAGUCGCAGAUCAAUUGAACCUUGGCGGUGAGCUACAGCCGCUAUGUUUGACGUGGACGGCGAAGGUUUCGCGCCAUGAAAAAGACUCCAGAAUGGUCAGCCUGAAAAUUUCAGGGACAGAAAACAGCAAAAGUUUCUCAUUGACCGGCGUAAGCACCGUUCGCCAGCUGGACCUUCCGGUACAGUCGCUGAAAUAUGGAGAAUUAUCUCAACAUUUUCCUUAUUUGGCUGGGAUACCGGUGACAAGCUACCAAAAGGCCGUUCCUAAAAUCCUGAUAGGGUUGGACAACAUAAAACUAUCGCUGCCUCUCAAGACGCGUGAGGGAUGGCCAAAUGGGCCAGUGGCGGCAAAAACAAGACUAGGAUGGACCGUGUUCGGGAGCAUCGAUGGUUCACGUGGGAAUUCAACAUUGCCAUUAUUGCACAUCUGCAAGAGCGCGGAAGAUAGCAAACUUCACGAUCUAGUGAAAGGAUAUUUCGCGGCAGAGAAUCUGGCAGUAUCCGGAACGUUUGGGCCAGAAGCUGAAGAAGAUCGUCGAGCAAAAGAGAUUCUGCGACGAACGACGGUCAAAGGAGCCGAUGGCCACUAUGAGACUGGACUGUUGUGGCGAAAUGACGUAGUGGAGUUGCCGUCUAGUUACGGUAUGGCAGAGCGACGACUUAUCUGCCUAGAGCGAAAAUUGCGAAAAUAUCCUGAAUUGCAAGCGAAUCUAGAAAAACAAAUUUCCGAAUAUCAGAGCAAAGGCUACGCUCACAAAGCCACGUUCCAGGAGAUGCAAGAAAGUGAUCCGAGCCGCACAUGGUAUCUCCCGCUCGGAGUUGUUACGAACCCUCGAAAACCCGGAAAAAUACGUAUCAUCUGGGAUGCGGCUGCCAAAUCAAAUGGUGUGUCCCUAAACGACAUGCUGUUAAAGGGACCGGACCUUCUUUCAUCAUUACCAGCUAUAUUGUGCCGUUUUCGACAGCGGCAAGUCGCGAUCGCAGGUGACAUCCGCGAGAUGUAUCACCAGCUGAAAAUCAGAAAGGAAGACCGACAAGUUCAACGUUUUUUGUACAGAAGUGACCCAGCCAAGGAGCCUGAAGUGUUUGUGAUGGAUGUGGCCAUCUUUGGGUCGACUUGUUCACCGUGCUCAGCGAACUUCGUGAAAAAUUUGAAUGCGAUGGAGUGGAAGGAUAAAUAUCCAGAAGCGGCUACAGCAGUAGCAGAAAACCACUAUGUGGAUGAUUACCUGGACAGUCGCGACACGGCAGAGGACAUGGCGAAGCUGGCAUCGGAGGUACGGAAAGUUCAAACAGCAGCAGGAUUUGAGCUACGUAAUUGGCGAUCGAAUUCGAUGAAAGUGUUGCAGGUUCUGGGAGAAAAAGCGGCGGAAACGCCGAAAGAUUUCAGCGUUGACAAAGAGAGCAACGUGGAACGUGUUCUGGGUAUGGCCUGGUUGCCGGACGAAGAUGUAUUUGUGUAUUCCGUGAAGUUGCCGAAUGAAUUCGAGCGAUCAACGUCAACAAAAAUUGUUACAACAAAGCGAAGCAUCUUGAGAUUUGUGAUGAGCAUCUUCGACCCGCUCGGCCUAAUUUCGAACUUACUAAUUCAUGGAAAGGUGAUUAUCCAGGACCUGUGGAGAGCUCAAGUAGGAUGGGACGAUACUAUUCCGAUAGAUAUCUUGGAACAGUGGGAGCGAUGGAUUGUGCAACUCUCCAAAUUGAACCAAGUUCGUAUUCCACGUUGCUAUUUUCCCGAUUACGAUCGAGACGCAUUGCAUGCCUUGGAACUACAUGUAUUCGUGGACGCAAGCGAAUUAGCCUUCGCCUGUAUAGCCUACGUUAGAAUCAUCGAUCAAGGUCAGACACGAUGCUCUCUGGUAGCCUCGAAGGCCAAAGUUGCACCGUUAAAGCCUUUGUCAAUUCCUAGACUGGAGCUUCAGGCGGCAGUUAUUGGAAGCAGACUAGCGAAGUCUAUCGCGGAAUAUCACACUCUUCCGAUCACGCGAAGAUUCUUGUGGAGCGAUUCUAAAACAGUCCUGUCGUGGAUCAACUCGGAUGCUCGUAAAUAUCGCCAAUACGUGGCGGUACGAAUCGGUGAAAUUCUGGAGGAGACUCAAACCGAGGAAUGGCGCUGGGUACCCACUAAACUUAAUGUUGCAGAUGAGGCCACUAAAUGGGGAAAAGGUCCCACACUGCAGCCGGAUGGUCGCUGGUUCACUGGACCGGACUUCCUUUAUAAGUCAGAGAAUGAAUGGCCACAAGAACGGGUGACCUUGAACACCGAAGAGGAACUUCGUGCUUUACACGUACAUCGCGUACAGUUGAUGCAGCCCUUCCUCGAGUGUGAGAGGUUCUCUAAGUGGGAACGAAUGCUCCGGGCCACAGCAUAUGUGUGCUGGUUUGUAGAUCGUUGCGGAAAAUUCUGCAAGCAAGAGGCUAAGCCAGCCGGUUGUACACUACAGCAGGAGCAUCUUGUGCGAGCUGAAAGAAUGUUGUGGAGACUUGUACAGGCGCAAGAAUUCGCAGAAGAGAUAGUGGUUCUAAUGAAGAAUAAAGCAUCGGAUGGUGAACGGCUGAAAUUGGAGACAAGCAGCUGCAUCAGACACCUAUCGCCUUUCUUGGAUGAGUUUGGCGUGAUUCGUAUGGAAGACGAUAUGGUCACCACAACGGUGAAACUGUGGUAA